UGCUGCUGCGGCGGCGGCGGCCUUGGCCGCGGCCCGGAGAGGGUCAGCUCAGCCGCCGAGACGCCGAAGAGCCCGCCGCCCGCGCGAGGUGUAGACGGGGCGCUGCCUGCAGAGCAGGUCCUGCCAGCCCUGCUGGAGAGGAUGCCCCCAUGUCCGUGAUGGGCUGUGGGACAAGCAAGGUCCUUCCUGAGCCACCCAAGGAUGUCCAGCUGGAUCUGGUCAAGAAGGUGGAGGCUUUCAGUAGCACUAAGAGUGAUGUAUACAAGCACUUCAUCACGGAGGCGGACAGUCUCAUUCCACCCAAGGCCGGGCUCCCAGCAGCUGGCCAAUACGGAGAUUCCUGUCCUGGUGCCCUUACCACCACUGGUCGCACAGAACCUCCUUCUGAACCCCCACGCAGGACCAGGGUGGCUAAGUACAGGGCCAAGUUCGAUCCACGAGUAACAGCCAAGUACGACAUCAAAGCCCUGAUUGGUCGAGGAAGCUUCAGCCGAGUGGUUCGAGUGGAGCAUCGGGCCACCCGGCAGCCAUAUGCCAUCAAGAUGAUUGAGACCAAGUACCGGGAGGGCCGGGAGGUGUGUGAGUCGGAGCUGCGUGUACUGCGCCGGGUGCGCCAUGCCAACAUCAUCCAGCUUGUGGAGGUGUUUGAGACCCAGGAGCGAGUGUACAUGGUGAUGGAGCUGGCCACAGGAGGUGAGCUCUUUGACCGCAUCAUCGCCAAGGGGUCUUUCACAGAGCGUGAUGCCACCAGGGUGUUACAAAUGGUCCUGGAUGGUGUCCGAUACCUGCAUGCAUUGGGCAUCACACACCGAGACCUCAAGCCUGAGAAUCUGCUCUACUACCACCCUGGCACGGACUCCAAGAUCAUCAUCACAGAUUUUGGCUUGGCUAGUGCCCGAAAGAAGGGUGAUGACUGCCUGAUGAAGACCACCUGUGGCACGCCCGAGUACAUUGCCCCUGAGGUCCUGGUCCGAAAGCCCUACACCAACUCAGUGGACAUGUGGGCUUUGGGUGUCAUCGCCUACAUCCUGCUCAGUGGCACCAUGCCCUUUGAGGAUGACAAUCGUACCCGGCUCUACCGGCAGAUCCUCAGGGGGAAGUACAGUUACUUGGGGGAGCCUUGGCCCAGUGUCUCCAACCUGGCCAAAGACUUCAUUGACCGUCUGCUGACGGUGGACCCUGGAGCCCGCAUGACUGCCCUGCAGGCCCUGAGGCACCCAUGGGUGGUGAGCAUGGCAGCCUCUUCAUCCAUGAAGAACCUACACCGCUCCAUCUCCCAGAACCUCCUGAAACGUGCCUCCUCUCGCUGCCAGAGCACCAAGUCUGCCCAGUCCACACGCUCCAGCCGUUCCACGCGCUCCAACAAAUCUCGCCGCGUGCGGGAGCGGGAGCUGCGGGAGCUCAAUCUGCGCUACCAGCAGCAGUACAACGGCUGAGUCCCAGCCUCUCACUGCACAUCUCUGGGAGGGAGGUGCGUGUCUGCUCCCGCUCCUUCUCUGUGCCUGUAGCAGCCCCUCCUCACUUUGACUCUGAGCCUUGUGGAUGAGCCCAGGGGGCUCAGAAUCCCCUGAACUGGAAGUCGGAGCCUGACCUUCAGCCUCCCACAGUCCUUGCUGCUUCCUAGAGCAAAGGGGCAUGUCGGGCCAGGCAGAGGGUGUGGUCGGGUUGUAGGGCUUUGGGGACUGUUACUUCUGGAACUGCCUCUCCUCCUGGUCCCCACAUUCCAUGGUCUUCUGAUCAUAUUAAGUUUGUGCCUUGGUGGGGAUCAGACUCCAGCUAAAUCUAACCCCCCCUUUGCCUUCUGAAAACAGACCAAGAUCUGUCUUCCUUCCUGAUACCCCCAGAGGUCCUUUCUGGCCCCAGCACUUGCCAGGACCUCUGAUAAAGGGUCAGGGACCAGAGUCCUUCAGAAUUAUGUGGCCCUGUGGGUAGCAGGUUUGCUCCAGUCACCAACUGUCGUGCUACAACAGUUCCUGCUCCCAGCCUAUUGCCCUCAGUACUUUUUUCGUUUGUUUCAGUUUUUGGGCGACACUGGCAGUGCUCCCAGCUUGGUGCUGGGCAGAUAAAGGUGUCUCUCCCUGGUGGUGUUAUGGGAGCCAUGGGGUGCUAGGGAUCAAGUCUGGGUCUUCUGCAUGCAAAGCAUGCACUCAACCCUUUGAACUAGCUCUCUAGCCCACUCUGCCUUCUUUGCAGAACCCAUCAUACCCCUUUUCCCCCUUGUAUGACCAUUCUAUUCCCCAGGUGCCUCCUUCCCAACCUGAGGGCAAUUAAAGGGAGCCCCACUGCUGCUACUUGGGUGGUGGUGGCGCCUGGGCCAAGGCAGAGAGCCAGGGUGUUCCUCGAGAAUUUAGGAUUCCAGUGCCAGUCCCUGAACCCCACCGUCCCGUUCUUGAACCUUGCUGCGCCGUCUGGUGUCUCUGCAGCUGCACAAAGGCGCCAUCUAGUGUCUGACACAAAUAGGGCAGCCUAGGAGCCUACCCUCCAACCUCUUAGAGGCAGUGGGAAGGAAGGUACAGUUGCACUCCAGGAAAGGCCCUGGCUGCCCCCGCCUUUGCUUCUGCUGAACUUAUGCGCAGCUCCCCUGGAACUUAGCCAUACUGUGUUACCUGCCUCUGAACCCUGAGUGCCU